AUGGUUUCUGAAAUUAAUUCUACCACCGUCCAAUCCGGUUGGUGGAUAGAUUCUGGAGCAACUGUUCAUGUGUGUAAGGACAAAUACAUGUUCAAGCAAUUUGAAGAAAUUGUUGACUCAAGUGUUCAAGAGGUCCCGAUGGCGAAUAAUGCUCUUGCAAAGGUUGCAGUUAUGGCACCAAACGUCCCUGCACUGUACGAGCUCCACUUCGCCGUUCCAAUGGCAGGCGCAACUCUUUGCGCGCUCAACGUAAGCCUUGACGAGCACGCUUUGACGAUCAUUCUUCACCGGUUACGACCCAAAAUCAUCUUCGUCGACUCCGAGCUCGUGCACCUCGUUUCCAAAGUCAUCCAUAACAAGAACGACACGCAGCUUCAAGAAAACCACCAGGAUCACAAGCCACUCCUUGUCGCAAUCCACGACGUCUCACUGGACCGUCAAACCCAACGUGUUCUUGAGGUUCCAGAGUAUGAACAAACCCUAGCUAUGGGAGAGAGCGAUUUCCAAGCCAUAAGUCCAGCCGAUGAGUGCGAUCCCAUCUCGGUCAACUUCACUUCAGGGUCGACGGGGACGCCCAAGGCAGUGGCGUACAGCCACCGAGCAGCUCGCCUGUGCUCCUAUGGACGGUGGACAUGUUCAGGUGCAAUGGGUGGUGCUUCACGUGGGCGAUGGCAGCGCUGCGUUAAUGUGUGUAUUAGGAAUGUGUCGGCGAAGAUCAUCUUCGACUCCAUUCAGCUCUACAAGGUCACUCAUCUCUGUGGUAAACCCACUAUCCUAAAUAUGAUUGCUGAUUCCCCACCGGUCGACCAAAAGCCACUGCCUUCCGUGGUGGACGUAAUCAUCGCCGGCGCAUUCCCGACGAAUCCCCUCCUCAAGAGAGUCCAAGAACUUGGGUUCAACAUUGUCUACGGAUAUGGCAUGACGGAAGCCCUAGGGCCCGCCCUCAUCAGACCCUGGAGGUCAUCGCAACACCACCACCAUGACGACGACAAUGACCACGACGAUCAUAACCUGAAAUGUAGAGAAGGGCUCCACAACAUCACACUGGAAGCUGUCGAUGUCAAGGACCCGACCACCAUGCGGAGUGUUCCACACGACGGGGAAACAAUCGGAGAAGUCAUGCUCCGAGGGAACACCCUCAUGGCGGGCUACUUGGACAACCUGGUGGCAACGCAGAAGGCCUUUUCUGGCGGGUGGUUCAGGACCGGGGAUGUUGGGGUGCGGCAUGCGGACGGUUGCAUAGAGAUGAAGGACCGAGCGAGGGACGUCAUAGUCUUAGGGAAGGAGGUGAUCAGCACAUUGGACAUAGAAGCCGUCUUGUUGAGCCACCCAAAAGUUGCGGAAGCAGCGGUUGUCGCCCAAAACGACGUCAUUGCGGGGCAAGUCCCAUGCGCAUUCGUGAAGUUGAAGGAAGGGAGGAGUUCCGACCCCGAGGAGAUAAUCGAGUUUUGUGCGGGGCGGCUGCAAAAGGCGGCGAUGGUUCCAAAAACGGUGUGUUUCGGGGAAUUGCCAGUGAAUUCCACAGGGAAGGUGCAGAAGUCUGUACUGAGAGAGAGAGCUGAUGCUUGUCCAUAGAACGAGCACAUCUUUGUAAAAUUAAAUAAUCAGGUUAUGGCUUCCCAUCGAACUACUUGUAUGUUUCUGUGUUAUUUGUCCUGACAUUGCAUAAUUCGGAUAGUCGUU